AUGCCUCACAUCCCGUUGACCCCUCGAGAGGCACGCGGAGUUCAUUGCUUCAAAAGGCUCAAGACGUAUGCCAACUUUCCAGAAGCACCUCAGGAGGAGGCUUCUCUCAGCAAUAGGCUCAAGACGUAUGCCAACUUUCCAGAAGCACCUCAGGAGGAGGCUUCUCUCAGCAAUAGGCUCAAGACGUAUGCCAACAUUCCAGAAGCACCUCAGGAGGAGGCUUCUCUCAGCAAUAGGCUCAAGACGUAUGCCAACUUUCCAAAAGCACCUCAGGAGGAGGCUUCUCUCAGCAAUAGGCUCAAGACGUAUGCCAACAUUCCAGAAGCACCUCAGGAGGAGGCUUCUCUCAGCAAUAGGCUCAAGACGUAUGCCAACUUUCCAGAAGCACCUCAGGAGGAGGCUUCUCUCAGCAAUAGGCUCAAGACGUAUGCCAACAUUCCAGAAGCCCCUCAGGAGGAGGCUUCUCUCAGCAAUAGGCUCAAGACGUAUGCCAACUUUCCAAAAGCACCUCAGGAGGAGGCUUCUCUCAUCAAUAGGCUCAAGACGUAUGCCAACAUUCCAGAAGCACCUCAGGAGGAGGCUUCUCUCAGCAAUAGGCUCAAGACGUAUGCCAACAUUCCAGAAGCACCUCAGGAGGAGGCUUCUCUCAGCAAUAGGCUCAAGACGUAUGCCAACUUUCCAGAAGCACCUCAGGAGGAGGCUUCUCUCAGCAAUAGGCUCAAGACGUAUGCCAACAUUCCAGAAGCACCUCAGGAGGAGGCUUCUCUCAGCAAUAGGCUCAAGACGUAUGCCAACUUUCCAGAAGCACCUCAGGAGGAGGCUUCUCUCAGCAAUAGGCUCAAGACGUAUGCCAACAUUCCAGAAGCACCUCAGGAGGAGGCUUCUCUCAGCAAUAGGCUCAAGACGUAUGCCAACUUUCCAGAAGCACCUCAGGAGGAGGCUUCUCUCAGCAAUAGGCUCAAGACGUAUGCCAACUUUCCAGAAGCACCUCAGGAGGAGGCUUCUCUCAGCAAUAGGCUCAAGACGUAUGCCAACAUUCCAGAAGCACCUCAGGAGGAGGCUUCUCUCAACAAUAGGCUCAAGACGUAUGCCAACAUUCCAGAAGCACCUCAGGAGGAGGCUUCUCUCAGCAAUAGGCUCAAGACGUAUGCCAACUUUCCAGAAGCACCUCAGGAGGAGGCUUCUCUCAGCAAUAGGCUCAAGACGUAUGCCAACUUUCCAGAAGCACCUCAGGAGGAGGCUUCUCUCAGCAAUAGGCUCAAGACGUAUGCCAACUUUCCAGAAGCACCUCAGGAGGAGGCUUCUCUCAGCAAUAGGCUCAAGACGUAUGCCAACUUUCCAGAAGCACCUCAGGAGGAGGCUUCUCUCAGCAAUAGGCUCAAGACGUAUGCCAACUUUCCAGAAGCACCUCAGGAGGAGGCUUCUCUCAGCAAUAGGCUCAAGACGUAUGCCAACUUUCCAAAAGCACCUCACGAGGAGGCUUCUCUCAGCAAUAGGCUCAAGACGUAUGCCAACUUUUCAAAAGCACCUCACGAGGAGGCUUCUCUCAGCAAUAGGCUCAAGACGUAUGCCAACUUUCCAGAAGCACCUCAGGAGGAGGCUUCUCUCAGCAAUAGGCUCAAGACGUAUGCCAACUUUCCAGAAGCAUCUCAGGAGGAGGCUUCUCUCAGCAAUAGGCUCAAGACGUAUGCCAACUUUCCAGAAGCACCUCAGGAGGAGGCUUCUCUCAGCAAUAGGCCCAAGACGUAUGCCAACUUUCCAGAAGCACCUCAGGAGGAGACUUCUCUCAGCAAUAGGCUCAAGACGUAUGCCAACUGUCCAGAAGCACCUCAGGAGGAGGCUUCUCUCAGAAAUAGGCUCAAGACGUAUGCCAACUUUCCAGAAGCACCUCAGGAGGAGGCUUCUCUCAGCAAUAGGCUCAAGACGUAUGCCAACUUUCCAGAAGCACCUCAGGAGGAGGCUUCUCUCAGCAAUAGGCUCAAGACGUAUGCCAACUUUUCAGAAGCACCUCAGGAGGAGGCUUCUCUCAGCAAUAGGCUCAAGACGUAUGCCAACUUUCCAGAAGCACCUCAGGAGGAGGCUUCUCUCAGCAAUAGGCUCAAGACGUAUGCCAACUUUUCAAAAGCACCUCACGAGGAGGCUUCUCUCAGCAAUAGGCUCAAGACGUAUGCCAACUUUCCAGAAGCACCUCAGGAGGAGGCUUCUCUCAGCAAUAGGCUCAAGACGUAUGCCAACUUUCCAGAAGCAUCUCAGGAGGAGGCUUCUCUCAGCAAUAGGCUCAAGACGUAUGCCAACUUUCCAGAAGCACCUCAGGAGGAGGCUUCUCUCAGCAAUAGGCCCAAGACGUAUGCCAACUUUCCAGAAGCACCUCAGGAGGAGACUUCUCUCAGCAAUAGGCUCAAGACGUAUGCCAACUGUCCAGAAGCACCUCAGGAGGAGGCUUCUCUCAGAAAUAGGCUCAAGACGUAUGCCAACUUUCCAGAAGCACCUCAGGAGGAGGCUUCUCUCAGCAAUAGGCUCAAGACGUAUGCCAACUUUCCAGAAGCACCUCAGGAGGAGGCUUCUCUCAGCAAUAGGCUCAAGACGUAUGCCAACUUUUCAGAAGCACCUCAGGAGGAGGCUUCUCUCAGCAAUAGGCUCAAGACGUAUGCCAACUUUCCAGAAGCACCUCAGGAGGAGGCUUCUCUCAGCAAUAGGCUCAAGACGUAUGCCAACUUUCCAGAAGCACCUCAGGAGGAGGCUUCUCUCAGCAAUAGGCUCAAGACGUAUGCCAACUUUCCAGAAGCACCUCAGGAGGAGGCUUCUCUCAGCAAUAGGCUCAAGACGUAUGCCAACUUUCCAGAAGCACCUCAGGAGGAGGCUUCUCUCAGCAAUAGGCUCAAGACGUAUGCCAACUUUCCAGAAGCACCUCAGGAGGAGGCUUCUCUCAGAAAUAGGCUCAAGACGUAUGCCAACUUUCCAGAAGCACCUCAGGAGGAGGCUUCUCUCAGCAAUAGGCUCAAGACGUAUGCCAACUUUCCAGAAGCAUCUCAGGAGGAGGCUUCUCUCAGCAAUAGGCUCAAGACGUAUGCCAACUUUCCAGAAGCACCUCAGGAGGAGGCUUCUCUCAGCAAUAGGCUCAAGACGUAUGCCAACUUUCCAGAAGCACCUCAGGAGGAGGCUUCUCUCAGCAAUAGGCUCAAGACGUAUGCCAACUUUUCAGAAGCACCUCAGGAGGAGGCUUCUCUCAGCAAUAGGCUCAAGACGUAUGCCAACUUUCCAGAAGCACCUAAGGAGGAGGCUUCUCUCAGCAAUAGGCUCAAGACGUAUGCCAGCUUUCCAGAAGCACCUCAGGAGGAGGCUUCUCUCAGCAAUAGGCUCAAGACGUAUGCCAACUUUCCAGAAGCACCUCAGGAGGAGGCUUCUCUCAGCAAUAGGCUCAAGACGUAUGCCAACUUUCCAGAAGCACCUCAGGAGGAGGCUUCUCUCAGCAAUAGGCUCAAGACGUAUGCCAACUUUCCAGAAGCACCUCAGGAGGAGGCUUCUCUCAGCAAUAGGCUCAAGACGUAUGCCAACUUUCCAGAAGCACCUCAGGAGGAGGCUUCUCUCAGCAAUAGGCUCAAGACGUAUGCCAACUUUCCAGAAGCAUCUCAGGAGGAGGCUUCUCUCAGCAAUAGGCUCAAGACAUAUGCCAACUUUCCAGAAGCACCUCAGGAGGAGGCUUCUCUCAGCAAUAGGCUCAAGACGUAUGCCAACUUUCCAGAAGCACCUCAGGAGGAGGCUUCUCUCAGCAAUAGGCUCAAGACGUAUGCCAACUUUCCAGAAGCACCUCAGGAGGAGGCUUCUCUCAGCAAUAGGCUCAAGACGUAUGCCAACUUUCCAGAAGCACCUCAGGAGGAGGCUUCUCUCAGCAAUAGGCUCAAGACGUAUGCCAACUGUCCAGAAGCACCUCAGGAGGAGGCUUCUCUCAGAAAUAGGCUCAAGACGUAUGCCAACUUUCCAGAAGCACCUCAGGAGGAGGCUUCUCUCAGCAAUAGGCUCAAGACGUAUGCCAACUUUCCAGAAGCACCUCAGGAGGAGGCUUCUCUCAGCAAUAGGCUCAAGACGUAUGCCAACUUUCCAGAAGCACCUCAGGAGGAGGCUUCUCUCAGCAAUAGGCUCAAGACGUAUGCCAACUUUCCAGAAGCACCUCAGGAGGAGGCUUCUCUCAGCAAUAGGCUCAAGACGUAUGCCAACUUUCCAGAAGCACCUCAGGAGGAGGCUUCUCUCAGCAAUAGGCUCAAGACGUAUGCCAACUUUCCAGAAGCACCUCAGGAGGAGGCUUCUCUCAGCAAUAGGCUCAAGACGUAUGCCAACUUUCCAGAAGCACCUCAGGAGGAGGCUUCUCUCAGCAAUAGGCUCAAGACGUAUGCCAACUUUCCAGAAUCACCUCAGGAGGAGGCUUCUCUCAGCAAUAGGCUCAAGGCGUAUGCCAACUUUCCAAAAGCACCUCAGGAGGAGGCUUCUCUCAGCAAUAGGCUCAAGACGUAUGCCAACUUUCCAGAAGCACCUCAGGAGGAGGCUUCUCUCAGCAAUAGGCUCAAGACGUAUGCCAACUUUCCAGAAGCACCUCAGGAGGAGGCUUCUCUCAGCAAUAGGCUCAAGACGUAUGCCAACUUUCCAGAAGCACCUCAGGAGGAGGCUUCUCUCAGCAAUAGGCUCAAGACGUAUGCCAACUUUCCAGAAGCACCUCAGGAGGAGGCUUCUCUCAGCAAUAGGCUCAAGACGUAUGCCAACUUUCCAGAAGCACCUGAGGAGGAGGCUUCUCUCAGCAAUAGGCUCAAGACGUAUGCCAACUUUCCAGAAGCACCUCAGGAGGAGGCUUCUCUCAGCAAUAGGCUCAAGACGUAUGCCAACUUUCCAGAAGCACCUCAGGAGGAGGCUUCUCUCAGCAAUAGGCUCAAGACGUAUGCCAACUUUCCAGAAGCACCUCAGGAGGAGGCUUCUCUCAGCAAUAGGCUCAAGACGUAUGCCAACUUUCCAGAAGCACCUCAGGAGGAGGCUUCUCUCAGCAAUAGGCUCAAGACGUAUGCCAACUUUCCAGAAGCACCUCAGGAGGAGGCUUCUCUCAGCAAUAGAUACGUGGGAGGGACCCCGAGAUCGCUGCCUCAAGUGGAAUAUACAGCGAGAAGUCCUAACUUGAAAGGAGGCCGGAUUUCCGUGCAGUGGCUUGAAUACAGGCUCAUCUUUGAUUUCAAAACAUGA